CAACCAGCCAGCUCAUGGCUUGAAUUUCUCUUGAGGCCAAGAUCGUCCAUCUCACGGUCUUUCGCUGGGGGCGGGACCUGGCUUUCAAAUCAACUUGCUAUGUCAUCUUUGAACGUGGGAGGGGGAGUUUCAACAAGUAGCAGCGUUAUCAAGCAGGAAGGAGAUGCCGCCAAGUCCUCAGUCGGCCGCAAAAAUGACGAGAGGCAAGUGGCUCCGUUCGAACCACAUUUUUGUGGAUUACGCAAUGAAGCCAAGCCGUCGCCCGAGCGCUCGCACCUCUUUCAGCAGCAAAGUGAAGAAGAGAAGUUGUUUGCCUGAAAGGAUACAACAAAAUGCUUUAAACAACGUCACACUUGAUUUGUAUGACUGAUCAGGACAGCAGCUUGUCAUCCUCCCACACAGAGGAGGAAGAGGAGGAGACCAUGGAGGAGGACGGCGGCGGCGGCGGGAGCCGGCCCAUGAUGGCGCCGGCGGCCAGCCUCUUGGGCGUGUCGUCCACGCUGCGCGCCGUCAUCCGCAUUAAGCACAAGUACCAGGCCCUGAAGAAACGGCGCCAGGAGAUGGCGCUGGCCAUGGGGGGCCUCCCGGGGGCCCCGACCUGCACCAGCCCCAAGAUCUUCACCUUUGACGCUGCUGCCGCGCCGGUGUCCUGCUGGCCUCCCAGGAAGAAGAAGAAGAGGAAGAGGAGGGUGCUCUACCCUAACAGGAGGCGGCGGAAAGCCCCCGGACAGGAGCACAGCCCGGCCGAGUUUUGUCUCUACCUGCUCAGCGCCAUACUCUUUGUACAGGUGUACAACGCCAUCGAGAACCUGGACGACCACGUGAUCCGCUACGACCUGGAGGGUCUGGAGAAGACGCUGCGCAGAGAGGUGUUUGGCCAGCAGGGGGCGGUGGAGGCGCUCAUGUGGCACCUGAAGGACUUCUUAUCCACCUACGUGCACAACAGGCCGCUGGUGGUGUCCCUUCACGGGCCCAGCGGGGUGGGCAAAAGCCACCUGGGCCGCCUCCUGGCGGGACACUUUCGCUCGGUGGUGGGCGAGGCCCUGGUGCUUCAGUACUUUGCGCUGCACCACUGCCCCCUGGAGGCCGACGCCCCGCGCUGCGCCCAGCAACUGCUCUCGCUGGUCUCCGAGGCGGUGGAGCUGGGCGAGCGAGAGGAGAAGAUCCCGCUCUUUGUGCUGGACGAGGCCGAGCACAUGCACGGCCAGAUCCUGGACGCCCUGCUGGGCCUGCUGGCUCCGUCCCAGGCCAACCAGUUUCUCAACGCCGUCUACGUGAUCCUCGGCAACCUCGGACACGAGCGCGUCACCCGGCACCUGCUGCGAAACGCCUCCGGUCACGAGCUCCUGGCGCCGGAGCUGCGGCGCCAUCUGGAGGGCCGCCACCCCCUGUGGGCCGAGGUGAACGUGGUGCCUCUGGGCCUCCUGGAGAGAAGUCACGUGAUGGAGUGUUUUUUGGACGAGAUGAGCCGUGAGGGAUUCUACCCGGACCGCGCCCACAUGGAGCAGCUGGCGGCAGAGAUUGAGUAUUAUCCCGCCGCGGGUGGGAGGGAGUAUGCUGUCACCGGAUGCAAGCAGGUGGUGGCCAAGGUCAACUUGCUGUGAGCUGCCUGACAAAAUGGGACGGAACACGACUGCAGGCUCGGCCGAGUCGGCUCCUUUGAUCUGCAAACAUCUCAAGUCAGCUUCAAGACUCACCUGUCACUCAAUCAUUGGCAAUGUCAAAAGGCACCGACGAGAAGAGAAGGAAGGACACGAGCGCCGCGCACGCUUUCUCUCCGUUGUCAUGAAGACAACCAGGAAGUGAAUUCAACGGGAGGAGGUUACAUCACUGUGCUACGUAGCCUUGGCAGCUAGCUCAAUGUCAACUUAGAAAUUCCUUUUGUGCCAUUAAACUUCUCCCAAAGACG